GAACAAGAUCGUGUUUCCGCCCCCUUUCUCGCGUCGCCCGACUCACAAAUCGCUGUCGCGCACCGGCACGACCGAGUCGGCUCGUCCUUUCUCGGCACCGGACGGCGCCGGUAUCUCCAAUAUUCAUCCAUCGCCUCGCUCGCCUCCCUCGCCUCUCAGCAUCUCCUAUCUCCAACCGUUCAUCUCACCCAUUCGGCCUCUCCCCUCUACCUCUCAGUCCGCACUCUUCCUCUCAGGCAGGCCUCCUCCGUUUAGCGUAUGCGAUCAGUUCCCCAGGUGAUCGAAUAUUGAAUUGCAUUGGCAAGGAGAGUUCCACAAGGACCUAUUUUGCAAUUUAUUUUUGGAUAAAUCGCAGUGGGGAUGGCUUUACCUCAAGCUAUAAAAGCUGGACUUCCCUGCAUGAAUCUUCUUAGAAUGACAGCUGUGCCAAUAUUAAAGCAACUAUAUUUGGAGGAAAGACUGCUCAGAAGCUCAGCAGAGAAUUGGUGUAUCAUUAGUCAUGGGACAAGUCUUCCCACCAUAGUCAUGGGUAUAUCAGGGAGGCCUUCAGAACUUGUUGAACUAAAGCCUGUGCUUCGUGAUCAAAUCCCUGUGAUCAGAAGAUUUUCUGGUGGAGGCACGGUUAUCAUAGACAAUGGCACACUUUUUGUCUCUUUGAUUUGCAACAAGAAUGCUAUUCCGGGGCUGCAACCUUAUCCUCACCCGAUUAUGUCCUGGACUGGGCAGUUAUAUGGUCAGGUGCUUUGUGAGUUUGGUGAUUUCCAUCUUCGUGAAAAUGAUUAUGCAUUUAAUAGUCAUAAAUUUGGUGGAAAUGCUCAGUCCAUAAUUAAAGAUCGAUGGAUCCAUCACACAUCAUUUCUUUGGGAUUAUGAUGCCAAGAACAUGGAAUAUCUUAAACUACCCAGCCGAGCUCCCAAAUACAGAUCGGCACGAUCUCAUGUAGAGUUCUUAUGCCGAAUGAAAGAUUAUGUGCCAUCAAGAACAUCUUUUAUCGAAGGCACCAUCAAGUCUCUUGGAGGCCACUUCUCGAUUAGACCGUUUGAUCUGGAUGAACUUGGUAGCCUUUCUAGUUCUUUGUCUGGUUCCACCAAACUGCUGACGAGGCAAGAAUUGGAGGAAGCAUACACAUCUCAAUGUGUAGCCGUUCUUUGGGAGUGAAUUCAGUAGAUUACCCAAUCAAAAUGGUCCAAGGGAUUGUGAGUCUUGGAGUAGUAGUCGUUGGACAACUAUGGACAACUACAAUGAAUCUAGUCGCAUCAUUGAUGGAAAUUUUGAUG